AGAAGCUUAAACGCUGGUGCGUUGGAGAACAGGAGACAGGACAUGCACCAAUAAUGCGUUAGAGCGCUAUUCUCUCUUAAGGCAGAACAGCGGAGUAAAAAUUACACUGUUUCUCUUCUCAAACAGUUUAGGGGGAGGAUUUUUGAAACGCGCUGACUGGGGCUUUAUCCGACAACCAUCUGAUUUCCAGGUUACUGGGACUUAUCGCCCUAUGGAAAGGAUCCUUAUUCUGAGAGCGUUUGUUUUAACCACAAGGUGCCCCUCGCCUCCUGAUCUCAAACUCCGGCGAUAACUGAGUGCAGACGAAGCCGGCCAACUGGAACUAUGUGACCAUGGUUCUCGGGAGGAUCUGACUGGCAGCCCCUGGAAUAUGCGUGACCUCAGCCCAUCUGCACCAAGUGUCCUACAACGGCAUGGUGACAACUUUCAAAAUAGCAAUCCUUGGAGCGCAAGGGGUUGGGAAAUCAGCAAUUGUGCACCAGUUCCUCUACAACGAUUACAGUGACCGCUACAUGCCGACAAAGGCACGGCACAUCUACCUGCCUGCGGUGGUCAUGAACGAGCAUGUGCACGACCUGCAGAUCAUGGACUUUCCACCCAUUCCGUCCUUCCCAGUCAACACUCUGCAGGAAUGGGCGGACACGUGUUGCCGUGGACUGCGGAGUGCACACGCCUACAUCCUAGUGUAUGACAUCUGCUGCUUCGACAGCUUUGAAUAUAUCAAAACCAUUCGGCAACAAAUAUUGGACACAAGGGUGAUUGGAACCAGCGAGAUCCCCAUCAUCAUUGUCGGGAACAAGCGGGACCUGCAGCAGGGCCGUGUCAUUCCCAGGCGGAAUGUGUCCAACCUCGUGAAAAAGACCUGGAAGUGCGGCUACAUUGAGUGUUCGGCCAAGUACAACUGGCACAUCCUCAUGCUCUUCAAUGAACUGCUAAAGACCAUUGGCUGCGCACGCUGCAGGCACAUGCACACCGCCAUCCGAUUUCAGGGAGCCCUGCGUCGGAACCGGUGCAGUGUGAUGUGACCCUCCCUUUCCGCCGGGGGCUUUGCAGCGUGCGGCCGUUGCAUCACGAGGGCUGUGAAGGGGUCGGGAUAUGUAGCGGGUAGAUUUUUACCACCAGUGCUUUGAGCCAGCCGCACGUCGGACUCGGAUCUGAGGGCGGUGAUAAACAGGCAUGGUCUGCGGCCUGCUUCUCCCCCCCCCCCCCCCCCCUACUCUCCGCUCCCGACUCGUGUUUCGGCAGCUCUGCACCAUUGUGAAGUUCGCCCCCUCAAUUCUGUCCUACGGCCACUCUUGGUUUGUUUCUGUCAGUUACUUCAGCAAUAAUUAAUCAGAAGGACUUCAGAACGUGGUGUCCUAUCUGCCAGCAGGAAACGCAGCACCAGCACUCUCGACUCUGCAGCGGUGGUUGUAGGGUCAACCCUUUCCCUAAUCCUGACACCAGUAUCUGUGUAGGCUGACGCUCCAGUUCGUGACUGAGGCCUUGCUGCGGUGUUAGACUCACGGAGGCAAACAGGCAUGGAAACAGUCCUUCAACUCACUGACCAACUAGGCCCCAUCUACAGCAGCCCCAUUGCAUUCUCCCCACGUUCCUGUCAGCUGCCAUCUACGUCAAUGAUUCUACACAAAACCCACACACUAGGGGCAAUUUACAGCAGCCGCUUAAUCUAACAAGUCGCACAUCUUCGGAACGUGGCAGUAAACCAGAGCACCCAAGGGAGACCAAUGCAGUCGCUGAGAAAACGUGCAAACUCCACACAGACAGUACAGGAGAUUGGGAUUGUACCCCAGUGGCUGGAGGCAUGUGAGGCAGCAGCUUCAGCAACUGUGCCCCAGUGUCACCCUGUGGGAGAUACCAUCUUUCAAAAUGCCCGCUCAAUGCCACAAUUUACCAAUAGAGCAGUAAAAUUCUCCCCAGUGUCCUGAUCACAGCUCCAAGAACCAUGGCUGAGACUGUGUCCUACACAGGUCGAUGAAACUGUCUUUGCAAAGUCUGAUGAGACCAUGCAUGCAGAUCUUAGUGUCACCAUGUCAUACACAUGUUGCUCUAGUCUAGGGGGACAAAAGCAGAAGCACUGGAAGAACAAGGUGAGCAAGUUUGCAUCUUGAGCAGAAAGAUAUAGAAACACAGAGGCAAAGAGCUCUACAUCAUGGAUAUAGACUCCGUUUCACCAAUGACUUGUUCAACUGUACCACAAUGUCCCCACUUUUGUUCCCAAUACCCUUCCUCAUGAAGUCUCACAUGCUAAACGCUUUCUUCUCCACCUUGUCCGCAUGUGUCACCAAGUUGGAACCUUCAUGAGCCUUGUCUGGAAGGUUGGACGAAACAUCCGGUGUCUUUUACUUUCUGCUGUACCGCACUGUGCUGGAAUCUUGCACGGCAAGGCGAGACGCCCCCUACCCCCUUGUCUGCCACCCUUAUCCUUAACUGAGUAGGGCCAUAAGUGAGGUGAUUUUAAGCACUGGAAAAUUCCAGAAUGGGUUAGACUUGAGAUACUUUAUUGUUGGGAUCCAAACUCAGUUAUCCCUGGGAUCUGUGACCAGUUAUCCUUGGGAUCUGACCUCAGUUAUUCCUGGGCUCUGAGAUCAAUUAUCCACAUGCUAGUUAUCCAUGAAGAUCAGAUGUGUAAAGAUUGCACUCUGUGUGGUAGUAAUCUGUCACAGUAACUUGUUUGGUCCUUCCUUCCUGCAGCACUAAUUCUCAUAAGCAUGCACACUUCUACAUUCUCGCAUCCAGGCAAGGGUGGGAGGGGAUAUUUCUCACUGUGUCUACUUCAAACCCCCCUUAUACACACACUUUCCAGCUUAAACCUCUGGAAGCCUCUUCUCACUUGCUAAUUGCUGGUAGAAACGUCACCAGAUCUCAGUAUUCUUCCCCACAGCACUGUAGGAGCUGUACAGUGAAUCAGUGAUGUUGCUGAUAGAUUGAGUUGGUGACCUUUUAAAUUACUUGCACAAGGGUGACCAAGGAAGAUCAGAAAUAAUUGAUGUUGUGGCUUAGUGGAUGAAAGAUGACUAGAUGUAAGAGAGUUUGGUUCAUGAGGAUGAUUAACCUGGGCCUUCUGUCAUUCUCACAUCCUUUGAACCGUACAAAGAUCCACUCUGAGUGAGGCAAAGUUAAGAGCGGGUUCAGAUCUGUAAAUCACAUCACUUCAGGGAUAGACUUGAACAUCUGUCAAAGAGAAUGAGAAUGAUUGCAUCAGCCUGGGAUAUAAUUGUACAUAUGGUGUCCAUUGAUCAAAUAUAACUGCUUAUUGUAGAUUCUUCCCAGAGCUCAGUACUUCCCACAACCUUAACAUCUAAUGAGGAAUUUUUGAAGUUUGGUCACGUGUGAUUUUUAGGAUUGUUCUAAGAAACACUGGAGUGUAGUAUUUUAAAAAGAAAAGCUUAUGAACAAGGGUGACACACCAGACUGCAGAAUGCUGGAAAUUUGACCCAACAAACUGCUUGAAGGAACUCAACGGGUCAGGCAGCAUCUGUGGGGAGAAAUAGACAAACGACGUUUCGGAUCAGGAGCCUUCUUCAGACUGAUUGAUCAGACCUUGUGAAAAAGGGUCCCGUUCGGAAAUGUUGCCUGACCCAGUGAGUCCUUUGUGUAGGAACAAGUAACUGCAGUCCGCAGAAGGGUCCCGACUCGAAACGUUGCCUAUUAAUGAUACUCCAGAGAUGCUGCCUGACCCGCUGGGUUCUUCCAUUGGUUUUCACAUAAGAGGGCAUUGCGUCUCAAUAGCGGGCCUUUGACAGCAGCUACAGUGCCCUCAGUAAGGUGUAAACUAGCUGGUGAUAAGGGUUAAGGGCUUUGUCUCAUUCCCAUGGCUGAUGGGUCAGGACUCCUACCCUUCCAUUGCUGGGUCUGGGUUAUGGGGUACUGGUGUCAGGGGUGUGGACCAUUUCUCAUGCAGCUGCUCAAGGGCUGAAGAGUUGUUGUUGAGCCUCAGAUGUCAGAUGUCAAAGUUUUCACUGAAGACCAAUCUAUAUCCUGUGAUUAACUACUCAGCUGGGUGAUCUAUAUACAUUAAACCUUUCACUCACACUGACCAGGGACACCAGAGAAAGUUCGGGCCCAGCUACCUUAUGCUUUCAUUAUUUCAUUACGAUAAAGGAGGAGGCCAUUCAGCUCACCGAGU